AUGGACUCCUACGCGCAAUACCACCCGCAGCAGCAGUCUGCAUACCCACAUCCUCACAAUGGUGCGCCGCAACAAAGUCCCGUCCAACAGCCCAACUACGCGCAACACCAACAACCGCCGCAACUGGGACAGCACAACAUGAUGCCACCGCAGAUGGGCUACAAUCCUGCCUAUGGCAUGCAGCCGCAGUAUGGUGUAUCGCCGUCGCAGGCCGCUGCCAUGGCCACAGCCGCGGCCUCAGGUUACCCGGCCUACUCGAUGCCCGACUCAUCAAUGCCUGGCUCACUGUCGCAGACUUCGCCGCGCAUGAAGACUGAUGGAUCUUUGCAACGACCUCCGCAGUCACCACGACAACCUCAGAUGAACAUGCCACAGAGAAGAAUGUCGCACACGAUCAACAGCCCUGCUGUCCCGUCGCAACAACCACCUAUGGGCGUACCGCGCCCUCCCACACAGCAGCAGCAAGCCGCCGCACCACCACCACAGGCCGCACAGCAAUCGCCGGAAGGACCGCCGGCCGGCGCAAACGAGGAAUCCCCCCUCUACGUCAACGCGAAGCAAUUCCACCGAAUACUGAAAAGGCGCAUGGCACGGCAAAAGUUGGAAGAGGCGUUGAGGCUGACAUCUAAGGGUCGGAAACCAUAUCUGCACGAAUCGAGACACAACCAUGCUAUGCGCAGACCGCGUGGUCCGGGAGGCAGAUUCUUGACGGCGGAGGAGGUCGCGGCGAUGGAAGCAGGAGGACCACCACCCACGGAUUCUAAAGGUGAAAAUGGAUCCAUGUCGAACGGUGGUGGCAGUGCUAAGCGGAAAGCAGGUGACAUGAACGGCGGCAUGAAGAACGGCACGCCCAGUAAGAAGUUGAAGGAUGACGAUGACGAUGAGGAUGAUGAUGGUUAG